AUGGGUGGCGCCAACACCAAGAUGCAGGCGAGCUGUGGCACCUUGGCGUACGUUGCGCCGGAGGUCUUGCUGAAGAGCUACGACAAGCAGUGCGAUCUCUGGAGCCUCGGGGUCAUUGCCUUCAUUCUGCUCUCUGGCUACAUGCCCUUCAGUGGUUCAGACGCACAGCAGACGAAAAACAUAUCCGAGGGCAAGUUUGUCAUGAAGCCCGAUCGCUGGGGUCGGGUUUCUCAAGAUGGCCAGAAGUUCAUUAUCAGCCUUCUCCAGGUGGACCCGGCCAAGAGGCUGACUGCGGCGCAGGCACUGGAGCACAAGUGGAUCAAGGAGAGAGAGAAGAAGAAAUUCGAGGUCGACCACGGCAUCGCCGACGCCCUCCGUUCCUUCGGCCAGGCCUCCAAGUUCCGCCGCUGCUGCAUGGAAAUGAUGGCGUGGUCCUUGACAAACGAGGAGCGAUCACAGGUGCGCGACGCUUUCAUAGCGAUGGACGAAAGUCAACAGGGCACCAUCACACUCGUGGAGUUGAAGAAGGUUUUGCAGGAUAAGUUCGACAUACCUGGCGAGGAGGUUCAGAGCAUCUUCCGGGCCCUCGACCAGAAUCAGGACGAGGAGAUUCAUUACAGUGAUUUCCUCGCAGCCAUGGUCGGCUGUAGAAUUCAAAUGCACGAUGAUCACCUCAAGUCUGCCUUCAAGAGGUUCGACAAGGAUAACUCCGGGUUCAUCUCCCUCGAAAACUUACGUGAGGUAUUGGGUGAAUCGUACGAGGGGGAGUCGGUAGACAGUCUUCUCUCUGAAGCGGAUUUGCUUUCCGACGGCAAAAUAUCUUAUCCAGAGUUUGUGUCGUAUUUGACAGGGCGUCCCUUGGAGCAGCAACUUCUUGGUGCAGCAAUCGUGGACCUAGAACUCAAGAAUCCAAGGUCAAGCAGAUCCAUCAGCAAGGCAAGCGUGGGCCUCAAGAACAAGAUGACGAUGGAAUUGAAAGCAUGUUUCAGAAGAUCAUCGAUGACCUGA